AUUUGGUAACGAAAGCAAUGAGUAAGGAUUGUUGCCAUGAAACUGACAUAAUCAAACAAAAACAUUCCACGUUCUGGAAGUUUUCGUCGGUUGUUCUCCAAUUUAGUUAGCUUCGCAAAAAUAAAAUAUAUAGAGACAAAUUUUCAUGUACAUACCACUCAAGCACAGAAGAAAUGCCGCCAAAGAAGAUGAACAGUGGAAAGAGAAAGAAAAAGAAAAUAAUAGGAAAAAACACAGAAUUAACGGUGGAAGACAAAUACAAGCGUACACUUAAAGAAAUUGAAAGUCUGAAAGCAGAAUUAGCAAUGCGAACAGAGAUUGUUCGUAGAACUCGUGACAAGUCCGCUAGGAUGGAAGAAAGAAUGCAUGAGGCACAGGAUGAAGUAAAAGAAGAAAAACAAAAUAAACGAGAUAUUUCCACAGAUCUAACUCGUCAGUACAAGAUGAUGCAAUCAGAACUUGGUUUGAAAAUUCAUGUAUUAGAGAAAACAGUCACUACAUUGCAAUCAAAAUUAGCAACGACAGAAAUAGAGCUGAAAGAUGCAAAAAAGGAGAUAGAGAAUAUUCUGAUGGAGAAAGAUGGUAUUAUAACUGAGUUACAAUUAAAGAUUGACACAAUGGAAUCUGCUUAUGAAACAUUACUCCAUGAUACUUUGGACCAGAUGGGAGAUAAGAUAGAGGAGACAAAAAUGAAAUGGUUUACUGAGUCGAAAGAAAUUCUGGAAACCAAUAAACAGAUUUUGUUAUCUUAUGGUCUCAACCCCUUAGAAAUAUGAUGCUUGGUUUUUGUAAACACGAUCCAAUGAUGGAACCGCUAAGGAAAACAUUGAAAUCCACAUAACAAAAGAUACAUCUAUGUCCCAAGUGUUUUUAUUAUUAACAAUUGCGUAACGUCACGAGUAUGCAUAAUAGACUUAUAUAACAUUUGUAACAUAUUCGUUGUCAUACGUAUAUGCUUCCUUACAAUAAAUACCGAUAUUCAAAAA